AACCGGCCAGACGAGCAGUGCAGGCUGGCGUCCGACAUCGGCCUGGAGCGCUACUACUCGCCGAGCCAGUGGAGCAUUCCGGUUCUCGUCGACAAGUCGCUGACGGUCGACGAACUGCUGGCGAGACAUGUUCGCCAACUGACUCUGUGGAGCAGACAGUCGCGUUCGUCGGCCGCGGCCAGGGCCGACUUCUCCGUCUCCUAUGCCCACGACGACUUCGACACACCCGAGGCGGGUUGCGCAGGAGACGAUGGCCACCGGCGGCGGCGGCGGCCCUCGAAUCCGCGCGGCGAAGAGGAGUUCGACUGGUUCCCGCCCGACGAUACCGGCCCCGGCAUCCGCCAACUCGUCGUCUACCUUCACGGCGGCUACUGGCAGGAGCUGAGUCUGGAGCAGUCGGUCCACUUCGCCCAGCGCAUCACCGACCGGCCCAACUGUUGCUUCGCCAGUCUCUCCUACCUCCUGUCGCCAUGGCAAUCGGUGGAGGAGAUGACGAGGCGAGUGUGCGUCGGCUUGCGUCGCGUCGUCGCCUGGACGAGACGGAGGCAGCGCGAGCUGGCCGGCGAGGCAGAAGAGUCGACGGCGUCGAGGGACGAGUUGCGAGUGUGUCUGAUGGGGCACUCGGCCGGCGCGCAUCUGGCGCUGACGGCCGGUUUGGUGGGGUUCGAGUCCGGCCUGCCGGCCGACGCUGAUUGGCUGGCCUGCCUGGAUCGGAUGGUCCUGCUCUCCGGCAUCUACGACCUCCGGCCGCUGGUCGAGACGAGCGUGAACCGAUCCGGUCGGCUGUUCAAAGACGAACUGGCCGCUUGGCGCUCGAGUCCGUUGCGCUGGUUUCUCGACCGCCACGACGACCGUUGCCGCGAGACAGUCCGUCGGCUCGCCACGCCGCUGCCGGACUCGAUCGGUUUGGUACCGGCGGGCCCACGAGGCCGCCGAAUGCCGGACAGGGUGAGCUAUUUGGUCGCAUGGGCCGAGCACGACAGUCCCAUGUUCAAGCGGCAAUCGCGGCUGAUGGCCGCCUCGCUUCGGGCCGACCGGCCCGACGCGGACGGUGUGCACGAGUUUUGCGCCCGAGGCCAGGACCACUUCGGGCUGGUCGAGAGUCUGUGUCUGCCGGCGGACGAGAGUGACAUGCUGAGACGACUGGGCGACUUUCUGGCCUGA